AUGAGAAUGCGGCAAUGUUCUUUAGGCCAAAUCGUAUGGCUGAAUGGAUAGUGCCUCUUAUGUAGUUUUUUGCAUGUUGCUUGCCAUAUUGUUGGGUAAAGAAAUUGGCAGGAAUAAAGUUUGUGCACUCACACAGUAAAUAGUGUAAUGGCAGGUCCAAUACAGGAGAGAAAUCAGGAUGCAACAGUUUAUUGUGGGAAUCUGGAUGAAAAGGUUUCAGAGCCAUUGCUCUGGGAACUGUUUCUCCAAGCAGGACCCGUCGUUAAUGUUCACAUGCCAAAGGACAGAAUUACUCAAGCACAUCAAGGUUAUGGGUUCGUCGAGUUCAUGGGGGAGGAAGAUGCAGACUAUGCUAUUAAGAUUAUGAACAUGAUUAAAGUGUAUGGGAAGCCCAUACGUGUUAAUAAGGCCUCUGCGCACAAUAAAAAUCUUGAUGUUGGAGCAAAUGUGUUUAUUGGCAACCUCGAUCCAGAAAUUGACGAAAAGCUUCUCUAUGAUACAUUCUCCGCUUUUGGUGUCAUUCUGCAAACGCCAAAGAUCAUGCGUGAUCCAGAAACUGGAAACUCCAAGGGUUUUGCCUUCAUCAACUUUGCUAGUUUUGCGGCAUCAGAUGCGGCUAUAGAAGCAAUGAACGGCCAGUACCUGAGCAACCGACCAAUCAGCGUUUCGUAUGCCUUCAAAAAAGAUUCCAAAGGAGAAAGACAUGGCUCUGCUGCUGAACGACUCCUGGCUGCACAGAAUCCAUUGACCCAGACAGACCGGCCGCAUCAACUGUUUGCUGAUGCUCCUCCGGUUGCACCCAGCGGUAUGGACAUUGCUCAGCAGAUGUCCGGCAUCAAUAUGCUUGUUCCGCCUGGACAAGUGUCAGUUCCGUCUAUUCCACCACCAAGUUUACCUCCGGCAAUCCCCCCACCUGGAUUACCUCCCCAUGGUUUAAUCCCCCCACCGCCUGUUAUGCCGCAGAUGCCACCAUCUUCGCAACCCCUGUUUAUGACUCGGCCAGUUCCUCCAUCAUCAGUUGCCUCCUCCACCGCCGACUACCCAGCGUCCAUUGGAGCUGCGUCCUCCGCAGGUCAGAUGCCCCUACCAGGCCAGCGUCCAAUACUGCCCCCUCCAAGACCGAUGAUGGCACAUGGACGGCUUCCCCCUCCCAUGCCUCCACCUGUCAUUCCAACCCCUGGUCAACCAGAAGGAGGCCCCUCCGGAGUGGCUGAAAGCAACACCGGCGUGCAAUUUAACCAGAGAACAUUCCCUCCACCUGGUAUCCCUGGAUUUCCAAGACCCCCCAUGUCGGAUUCAGCAGGUGCGUUCGGCCAUCCUGGUCAGUUUUUCGGAGCACCUCCUCACCCAGGUCAGUUUGGACCACCUGGGAUGGCACAGAGUGGCCUUCCACGAGGUCCACCUCCACAAAUGAGACAAGGCCCACCUUUCGGUGGCUUCAGGGGUCCGCAACCAGGACUGCCCACAGAUCAUGAUGCUCAGUUUGAUCCACGUGGAAAUGCAAGAAUGAGAAUGCCUAUGGAUCAGCGCGGAAUGAGGCCAAGAAUGAUGCAACCACCACGACCUCCACCACGAACGUGAGUUGGUAAAAAAAGACAUUGAAGCUGUUGCAUCUGUCUGUAAGUGGUUGGUUCCUCAUUCUGCAAAAGAAGAACAAUGGCAUGUUUGACAUGUCGCUACAACGAUGCUUGCUAAUGCCUGCAUUGGUUGCACAAAAUCGAAGUUUAGAAAACACAAUACAAAGUUUUCGAAUUCAAACUUCUUAGAUUUAAUUUGCUACUCUCUUCUUAUUCCUCAAAUACUGAUGUUUCCCUGGAAGUUGUCCCCCUAUUAGCUCAGACUUUCACUAGGUUGGACUGAGUUUCAAUUCCCAUUUAAUUUUUUCUCCUUAUUCAAGUUAAAAAUCGGACAUUUGCCUCGUCAGAAAGUUUCCUUGAGAAUUUCCUUUAAUUUUCCUGUAAGAGUUGGUUUUGCUUUGCUGAAAAAAGAUUAAAUUUGGUACACAACCCAUUCAAAAAGCUCUUUCCAUCUUCCUUUCCCAAAAAGAAAAUAUCUUCCUACCACCUUAGUGAAAUGAUAUGGAAAGUUUCAUAGAGCUGUGCAAGCUCCCAUAUUGCUUCUAUGUUUUUUACUCAUCUUCUGAAAGUAGUCAUUUUGUGUUCCUAACAUUGCUUUUAUUUUCAUGUAUUUAAUAAGGAUAAACUGUUGCAUAAUGUCCAAAAUAUAUUAUGUCUAAAA